AUGUCUUGGAUGGCAUGGAAUAUAAGAGGUACCAACAAGAGAUACAAACAAAAGGAGUUAGGUACCUAUAUAAAGGAGAAUAAUAUAAAGCUAGUGGGGUUAGUGGAAACUAGAGUAAAGAAGGAAAAAGCAACUCAGAUUUCACAGUUAGUGACACCUGGAUGGCAAGCUCAAUAUAACUAUGAAUAUGCAAUAAAUGGGGGAAUUUGGAUACUUUGGGAUCCUCAAAGUUAUGACAUUACGGUGUUAGGUAAAUCUGCUCAAACAAUUCACGGUAGAGUUGUACGCAGGCACCAUAAUAUAAACUGUCUCAUGACAGUAGUAUAUGGUUUUAAUACUAUAGAAGAAAGGAAACCUUCAUGGCAGCAAUUGAAGACUGAUGCACCUCAGAACACAGAACCUUGGAUUAUCUGGGGAGAUUUUAACUCUCAAGGAUCAGAUAGAGUAUAUAGCAGGAUUGAUAGAGCUUUAGGGAAUGAUGAAUGGAUGCAAGAGUAUGGGCAUAUGGAAGCAGAAUAUAGGCUCCCAUUUAUUUCAGACCAUGCUCCAAUGGUUAUCUCUAUCAGAAGGCAAGUACCAAAUGGCAAGAUCCCUUUCAGAUUCUUUAAUGUCUGGGCAGAACAUCCAAGAUUUAUGCCACUGGUAGAAGAAGUAUGGAAAGAACAACAAGAUCAGGACUCUAUGAAGAAUAUAUGGCAAAAGCUGAAGAUUCUAAAACCUUUGCUGAAGCAGCUCAACAAUAGUGAAUUCAAGGGCAUCACAGAUAAGCUGGAAUCAACUAGGAGUUUGCUGCAGGAUAUUCAAGCUCAAAUAUCAAAAGGUUAUUUAGAUAAACUAGCUAAUGAGGAAAAACAAGUUCUAGAGUAUUUGGAGAAAUGGUCCUUAAUAGAAGAAAGCAUACUGCAACAGAAGGCUAGAGCUACAUGGCUAAGACUUGGAGAUGCUAAUUCUAAAUACUUUUCAGCAAUAAUGAAGGAAAAAAGGCAAAGGAAAGUGAUCACAGAACUACAAGAUUGCUUUGGAAACAAAUUAACUGGCCAGUAG